AUGAAACAUUUUCUUGCUUUUCUGUGUCUGCUUGAACCUCUGUUGUGUGCUUUGACUCAAUGCACUUUCCCAGCUUCAGAGUUUCAGCUGGAAGGAGAUUAUUUGAUAGGUGGACUUUUUGAUAUCCAUCAUGUCAGUGCCCCUGUUUAUCAUGACAGACCAGAAGCCAUCGACUGCUCCAGUCAACCCUUUAUUCUGUCAAGUUAUCGAAGGUUUCAGUUGAUGAGAUUCUCCGUAGAGGAAAUCAAUAACUCUACCGACCUACUGCCAAAUGUAUCUAUUGGCUAUGAGAUAUUUGACCACUGCUCAGAUAUACAGAAUUUUCCAGGUAUUUUGGAUCUCAUCUCAGUCAAUGGCUUGAUCCAACCUUGGGAUGAACCACACAAGAAUCUGUCCAAAGUGUCCAAAAUGAUAGCAGUGGUCGGCACUUAUACAAGCACUGAGACACUGACUGUAGCCCCACUUUUUAUGAUGAAUCUCAUUCCUAUGGUCAGUUACGGAGCUGCUAGCUCUGUUUUUUCAAGAAAACAGAAUUUUCCCUCUUUCUUUCGAACAGUACAUCCCAAUAAGGACGUUAUACAAGUGAUCAUUAACAUCCUUCUGCACUUCAACUGGCGCUGGGUUGCUUUUCUUAACACUGAUGAUGAUUAUGGCAACGACGGCCUGGAAUUAUUCAUAAAAAAGAUUAAGGAUACUGAGAUCUGCCUGGCGUACACCAAAGGCCUCAAUCAUUAUACAGAUUACUCCCAAAUGUUUAAAACGAUAGCAGCACAGAGGAUACAUAUCAUUAUUGUUUUUGCUGCUGAAUGGACUGCUGAAGCGCUCAUUGACAAAGCAAUAGAACUAAAUGUCACCAACAAAGUGUGGAUAGCAGGGGAUGCAUGGUCCUUAAACAAGAGGCUCCCCAAGAAGAAAAGAAUAAAAAAUAUUGGAACUGUACUUGGGGUGUCUGAGCCAGUAGAGACGAUACCUGGUUUCAGCAAUUUUAUCUACUCUUCAAAAAGCCAGACUCUCUGUGAAAAUGAAGGACAGCAGAAGUUUUGUAAUCAGGUUUGCAACUGCAGUAGCCUGAGUCCAGAGGAAAUCCUUGCUGCGGACCCAUCUUUCUCUUUUCCUGUUUAUUCUGCUGUAUAUGCCAUCGCUCAUGCCUUACACAGUGCCUUGAAAUGUGGAGCUGGCACAUGUAAUGACAAUAUUACAAUCUACCCACACAUGGUUCUAGCGGAGCUGAAGAAGUCAAAUUUUACACUUUUGAACCGGAGUAUUAAUUUUGAUGAGAAUGGUGACCCCAAGUUCGGAUCCUAUUCCAUAGUUUUCUGGAACCACAGUGGUGAUGCACAGGUGGUCGGCUUUUAUCAAUUUCACCCAUCAGUCAAGUUCUUCAUCAACAGCACCAAAGUUCAGUGGUACACAGAGGGAGAAGUGCCUACUUCACUAUGUUCCCCAGAAUGUCCUAUAGGAUAUGCAAAAAAGCAAGAUGGAAUUCACAAAUGCUGCUUCACUUGUGUAAUCUGUCCCAAUGGAACUUAUGUCAACACCACAGAGGAUGCCUACAAGUGCAUCUACUGUAAGGAGACAGAAUGGUCUGCAGAAGGAAGCACAUCAUGCAAUCUUCGGGUGGUGGAGUACAUCCCAUUCACAGACAGCGCAGCUGUGCUGCUCAUGUUUGGGGCCUUGGCUUUGGUGGGCCUCACACUAGCCAUGUCUGCUCUCUUUGCCAUCAACUACAGCACCCCUGUUGUCAGAUCUGCUGGGGGACCAAUGUGCUUCCUAAUCUUAGGCUGCCUCAGUCUGUGUAGUCUAAGUGUGUUCUUUUACUUUGAUAAGCCAACAGUUUCUUUUUGUAUCUUAAGGCUCUUACCAUUCACUUUGUUCUACACUGUUUGUCUAGCAUGCUUUGUUGUGCGCUCUUUUCAAAUUGUGUGCAUUUUCAAAAUAGCUGGCAAGUUCCCCAAGCUUCACAGUUGGUGGAUGAAAUGUCAUGGACAAUGGCUGGUCAUCACUGGAGCUUUUGUUACUCAGUUACUCCUCAUUCUUAUUGGCUACUCUUAUGAACCCCCCAAGCCCUACAAUGAAACAAUUUUUUACCCAGACAAAAUCAUACUCGGUUGUGACAUCAGUCUCGGAGCCUCCUCCGGUUCUGUGAUUUUACUUGUAUUUUUGUCCUGCCUUUGCUUUAUUUUCUCCUACAUGGGAAAAGACCUCCCAAAAAAUUACAAUGAGGCUAAAGCAAUAACAUUCUGCCUGCUCCUGCUGAUCCUCACCUGGAUCAUCUUUGCCACUAUGUAUGUGCUUUACCAUGGAAAGAACAUCGCAACUCUUAACGCUCUGGCAGUACUCUCCAGUCUCUACUCCUUUCUGUUGUGGUAUUUCCUCCCAAAAUGUUACAUCAUCCUUUUUCAGCCCUACAAAAACACACAGCAGUACUUCCAAGGUCUCAUUCAGAAUUAUACCAAAACAAUUAGCCAGUAG